AUGGCGUUGAGCCAGGAGGAAAACACGGUUCCAGAGACCAAAGUGCUUGCAAUAGCCAGCCAUGUGUGCUAUGGAUUUGUGGGAAACACAAUGGCUACAUUCGUCAUGCAGUCCCUGGGCUGUGAAGUAGCUGCCAUCAAUACAGUUCAUUAUAGCAAUCACACUGGAUAUCGCCAAGUAAAAGGUACAAAAACUACUGCCGAGGAGAUCCGCACCCUCUACGAGGGUUUGACUCAAAGCUAUCUCACUGAUUUCGAUGUCCUGCUCUCCGGCUACGCUCCGACUGCAGCAGUCGUCGAGGCAGUGGGUGAUAUUGCUCAGGAUUUGAAACGCAGAGCAGAAGGGAAGCCUGGGUCUUUUUUCUGGAUUCUCGAUCCCGUCAUGGGUGAUUUGGGCCGCUUGUAUGUGGCGGAGGAUGUUGUUCCGGCAUAUAAAAAGACUGUGCAUCAUGCAGAUCUGAUCUUACCAAAUCAAUUUGAAACCGAGAUAUUAUCCGGAAUUAAAAUAUCCAACACAACCGACCUUGCCAACGCUAUAACCAUAAUCCAUAAAACAUAUGGCGUUCCUCACAUUAUCGUCACAUCAGUGCAAUUAUCAAACCUUGGCUCAUCAACACCAUCAGGCUUAAUGACCGUCAUCGGCUCCACCGUUCGCUCCGAUGGUUCUCCACGACUCUUCCAUGUUGACAUUCCGGCUCUGGAAUGUAAUUUCAACGGUACUGGCGACAUGUUUGCCGCUUUGACAGUCGCCCGUUUACGUGAAGCAGUCUAUGCUACUGGACCUACACUCAGAAACACAAAGUCUUGGGUAUCACCGGACGAUGUGUCUCCGACAGAACUACCCCUGGCCAAAUCUACCGAGAAAGUGCUUUCGAGCAUGCACAGUAUCUUAUUAAAGACCAUGGAAUCUCGAGAAGUCGAGCUUGCCGCAACUGCCAACACGAUAGAUCCUACUGGCUUGAUGGAAGAGAAAUUGCAAUUUCGAGAGCAUCUGCGACGAACUAAGGCCGCGGAAGUGAGGGUGAUUCGGCAUGCGGAUUACUUACGCAACCCGGUAGGCAUGUUUAAGGCGCAAGCAUGGGUGGAAUAG